AUGGGGGACUUUGAUGGUGAGCAAAAAGAAUUGAUCAAGAAAUUGGUAAAAUUUCGCAUGAUCGAUGGUAAAAGAACGAGAGUUCGUGCUAUUGUUUAUAAAACUUUUCACCGCCUAGCUCGAACUGAAUGCGAUGUAAUAAAACUUAUGGUUGACGCCGUAGAUAAUAUAAAGCCAAUAUGCGAAGUGGUCAAAGUAGGAGUCGCAGAUACUAUUUAUGAUGUUCCUGGGAUUGUAGCCAGGGAUCGUCAACAAACCUUAGCUAUUCGUUGGAUCCUUGGAGCAUCUUUCAAACGACGUAUAAGCUACAGGAUAAGCUUAGAGAAAUGUUCAUUUGCUAAGAUACUGGAUGCUUACCGAAAGAGGGGAAUUUCACGUAAGAGAAGGGAGAAUCUUCAUGGACUGGCUUCCACCAAUCGGAGUUUCGUGCAUUUCAGAUGGUGGUAA